ACUUUGUACGCCAUGGAAUUGACACGAAGGACAGUCCGGCUGAUACUACUAGUCUCUCAUUUUAUUGCUGUGGCGCAUUGCAGGGACCAACUUGACGUAGAUGACCAUAUUCCAUUCCAGCUCAACGACGAUAAUGCGAGGCGUCAUCCUGAGCUUCCCGUGUUAGGCUACGUCACGCCAUGGAACCCACGCGGAAAAGACCUGGUCGAGGAGCAUCGACAGAAGUUUGAUAUCGUGUGUCCAGUGUGGUACACGGUCCAUCCUAGCAGCAAUGAUGUUGAAGUGUACGAGGUCAGAGGUGGUCCCCCAGCGGACGAGGACAGAGACUGGUACAAACGCCUCCAAACGCCAUCAGAUACAAAGCCAAAAGCAAUUCAAGUGACUCCGCGCUUCAUACUGGAUGGGUGGAGUCAGGAUGACUAUAGACAGUUGAUGUUCAAUGAGACACGAUGGCAUCGACUUGCGACCGAAAUCACACAGGUUGUCGAAGAUAUGGCAUAUAACGGCAUAGUAUUCGAAUCUGGUGCCACGCAUGCCUUAUCUGGCCCGCUUGGAGUGCUGUCCGACCAUCUGAAAGAAAACGGCAAGACCUUGGUGUUAGUGAUGCCGCCGAUCCGAACGACUUUGGGCAUGGGCGAUGCAGCUGCUUUGAACUCUCACAAUGCAAUGAUGCUCCAAUCCAUCUCGUCACUCGCCGGCGUAGCUGACUACUUCAGCAUAAUGACAUACGACAUGACAGGGCCAGGCGGACAUGAAAGUUUGCGUCAGUUCCCCAGGAGUAGCCAACUGCAUGCUGCGCAGCAGCAACACAAAGUUCGCGAACCUGGGCCGAAUACCAAUGUUGAGUGGGUCGGCGCCAAUCUUAUAGCCUUCACCGACGCUGCAAAGAGCCAAGAUGGCUACACGAAUGAACAGCAGUUCGUUUUCAAGGACGAAGUCUCUGCCAAGUUCCUAAUGGGUCUUCCAUUGUACGGCUACAAGUAUCCCGUGUUCUUGGCAGACGACAAGAAGGGUAUAAUUCUUCAAAGCACAGAAAGUGUCAACGGGUUCUCUAUUCUGAGAGGUGCAGGUGAGCCGGUUGUUAUGCACCAAAUAGAGGAAUUGAUUGCGGAAUACAGCCCGAAAUUAGAAGAAAUGGAUGACGGAGAAUUUUACUUCGAUUAUUCCGCAGAAGAUGGCCUCUGGAGGGUGUUCUUGCCGACACCGGAAAGCAUGUCAAACGUUCUUGGUGUCCUUGACCAAAAUGAACACAUUGAACUUGGCGCUGGGAUCGCUUUGUGGGAAGUUGGACAGAGUUCAUUAGACCUGUUGGUCACUCUUUGAACGAAGAUAAGGCAACAUAAUUUACGGUGAAGUAGUAUUUUUAAUGAGACGCCUGG